UCCAUUUGUCCUAUGUGUAACAGAGCCACUCGCCCAAAAUCAUUUUCUUCACAGAACCUAGGGUUUCGUCAACAAUGGCAAAGAAUCUAAAAAACCAUCUUUUCUCAUCACUAAUCAAAUCAAAACUAGGGUUUAAUCAAUCAACCACCAUCAAUUCAAUAUCAUCAAACAAAGUAAUUUCAUCAUCAAUAAUCAAACAACAAGAUCUGAUUGAACCCAGUUCAGGUUUUCUUCAUCAAAGAAGAUUUUCAACCAGUAAUCUCCCAAACAAAGGAGCAGCAGGAGGAGGAGAUGAUAACAAUGUAAGAGCGGUGAUUGUAACAUGGGCAAGAGCAACAACAAUCACACCAUGUAUGGUAGGAAUGACAGUGGCUAUUCAUAAUGGUAAAGAUCAUAUUAUCAGAUCUGUUAAUGAAAGAAUGGUUGGUCAUAAAUUGGGGGAGUUUGCACCAACGAGAACUUUUCAUGGGCAUACUAUCAAAGGUGGGAAUGAGAAAGGAAAGAAAGGUGGUGGUGGUGAUAAAGGAGGAGGGAAAGGGAAAGGUGGGAGAGUGAUGAGGCCAAAGAAGACAUUGAAAGAGUUAUUGAUGAAGAGGAAGAAUGUUAAAGUUUUGGGGUUAAGAGCUUUUUUGAAGAGUAAAGGUGAGAUUGAGAAGAAGGGUACUAGAUGGGGGACUUGAUGGGAUUCAAUUUCAGCUAGUGAGUGGUUCAAUUUCAAUUUCACUUUGUUUUGUUUUGAUUUUAAUUGAGUUAGUAAUGUUGUUAGAAUCGUGGGUUUAUAUUCUAAUAAGAAAUGUGUAGCUCUUUUGUGAUUUUUGGGGUAUAAAUUUCUGUAGUUUUUACAUCAAUGACAAUGGAGAAGGUUUCGAGUUUCUGUGGAA